GAGAGGACAGGGGGUUUCAUUUGUUGCCAUAGUGAAAAAGUAGAUUAACCACCGCGAGGAUGACGCUGUGAUGGACGCGUGAGGGAUGCUGCGUUUCUCCAGGAACCUUCACCUGUCCUGCAAGCAAAGGUUGCACUGCUGCACCUGUCUCAGCUGUCGGAGUGAUGGUGACACCUUGAAAUCCGGAGGCAAGAAAGACAAGUUGGAAGAGAGGAAUAUUUUCAUAAUCCGUAUUCCAAAGCUCCUCUGUUCCACGAGGUCCUGCCAUGGAGAGGACAAGUGUUUCUUGGACGAGUAGUUCCCUGUGACGGCUCUACACAACAGACCUGAGAUCUGCUUCUCCUCUUGUUACCCGACUGGACCAAGAUGAUGCUUUGGCUGCUGCUAGUUCUGGCCAUGUGGGUGGGGCCUGAUCAAGCUGACUCUGCCCAGUCCAACGAACGGCGAGUUGUAGCACACAUACCUGGCGACAUCAUCAUUGGAGCCUUGUUCUCAGUCCAUCAUCAGCCUCCUGCUGACAAGGUACACGAGCGCAAGUGUGGUGCGGUGCGAGAGCAGUAUGGCAUCCAGAGGGUGGAGGCCAUGAUGGCCACGCUGGACCGCAUCAACAAUGACCCGCAAAUCCUUCCCAACAUCACCCUGGGCUGUGAGAUCCGGGACUCCUGUUGGCACUCAGCCGUGGCGCUGGAGCAGAGCAUCGAGUUCAUACGGGACUCGCUGGUCUCCUCUGACGAGGCAGAGGAGUGGGGCGGGGGAGGCCUCUUGGGAGGAGGGGGAGGAGGAGCGACGAUGAAGUGCGCAGACCCCUCUGCCACCCCAAUGCGGGGGAAGAAGCCUAUUGUGGGUUUGAUUGGACCGGGGUCAAGCUCAGUGGCCAUCCAAGUCCAGAACCUUCUGCAGCUGUUCAACAUACCACAGAUUGCCUACUCUGCCACCAGUAUGGACCUCAGCGACAAGAGCCUUUUUAAGUACUUCAUGCGAGUGGUGCCUUCAGAUGCCCAGCAGGCAAGAGCUAUGGUGGACAUUGUCAAGAGAUACAGCUGGAGCUACGUGUCUGCGAUACACACUGAAGGCAACUACGGUGAGAGUGGGAUGGAAGCGUUCAAGGACAUGGCAGCCAAGGAGGGCAUCUGUAUCGCCCAUUCCGGGAAAAUCUGGAGCAAUGCUGGACAGCAGAGUUUUGACCGGCUGCUGGAGCGACUGAGGGCCCACCUGCCCAAGGCCAGGGUGGUGGCAUGUUUCUGUGAGGGUAUGACCGUCCGCAACAUCCUGAUGGCCAUGAGGCGCCAGGGACUGGUCGGAGAGUUCCUGCUCAUCGGCAGCGAUGGAUGGGCAGACAGAUAUGACGUGACCGACGGUUACGUCAAGGAGGCCGCCGGAGGUAUCACCAUAAAACUGCAGUCGGCUGAUGUGAAGUGGUUUGACGAAUACUACCUUAAACUUCGUCCUGAAAACAACCACAGGAACCCCUGGUUUACAGAGUUCUGGCAGCAUCGUUUCCACUGUCGCCUUAAAGGCCACCCACAGGAGAACAUCAAGUUCAACCGCACCUGUAGCAAGCGAGAGACGCUACGGCAGCAGUAUGCACAGGACACCAAGAUGGGGUUCGUCAUCAAUGCCAUCUACUCGAUGGCAUAUGGCCUGCAUAAUAUGCAGCGGGCACUGUGCCCAGGCUAUCAGGGCCUGUGUGAUGCCAUGCGUCCUAUCGAUGGUGCUACACUACUCGACUUCCUGAUGAAAACCAACUUCACUGGCGUGUCAGGGGAGGGAAUCUUAUUUGAUGAGAAUGGAGACUCGCCCGGCAGGUAUGAAAUAAUGAACUUUAAAAAGAUGGGGAAGGACUACUACGACUACAUUAAUGUUGGCAGCUGGGACAACAGGGGCUUGAAGAUAGACGACGAUGAAAUCUGGCCCAACAAUGAUGCGAUCAUCAAGUCGGUCUGCAGUGAACCCUGUGACAAAGGACAGAUUAAGGUGAUCCGUAAAGGUGAGGUGAGCUGCUGCUGGACAUGCACUCCCUGUAAAGAAAAUGAGUUUGUGUCCGACGAGUACACCUGCCGAGCCUGCGAGCUGGGCUCCUGGCCUACCGAUGACCUCACAGGCUGUGACCCAAUCCCAGUUGAGUUCCUGCGCUGGGGAGAUCCCGAACCCAUAGCUGCUGUGGUCUUUGCCUGCCUCGGUCUUAUGUUCACAUUCUUUGUCACUGCCGUCUUCAUCAGGUUUCGUGACACCCCCGUCGUGAAAUCCUCCAGUCGGGAGCUGUGCUACAUAAUCCUGGCAGGGAUCUGCCUGGGUUACCUCUGUACCUUCAGCCUCAUAUCCAAACCUCAUGUCAUCCACUGCUACCUCCAACGACUGGGAAUCGGCCUGUCCCCUGCCAUGAGCUACUCUGCACUUGUCACAAAGACAAACCGCAUCGCUCGGAUCCUGGCAGGCAGCAAGAAGAAAAUCUGUACAAAGAAACCUCGCUUCAUGUCUGCCUGCGCUCAGCUCAUCAUUGCCUUCCUCCUCAUACUGCUGCAGCUGGGCAUCAUCGUGGCCCUCUUCCUCAUGGAGCCACCUGCGGUGAUCCAUGACUACCCCAGCAUCCGUGAGGUCAACCUCAUUUGCUACACCACCAACGUGGGUGUGGUUGCCCCGCUGGGGUACAAUGGCCUGCUCAUUCUCAGCUGCACCUUCUAUGCCUUCAAGACCCGCAACGUCCCAGCUAAUUUCAAUGAGGCUAAGUACAUUGCCUUCACCAUGUACACCACCUGUAUUAUCUGGCUGGCCUUUGUACCCAUCUACUUUGGGUCCAACUACAAAAUUAUCACCAUGUGCUUCAGUGUCAGCCUCAGUGCCACCGUGGCUCUGUGCUGCAUGUUUGUACCCAAGGUGUACAUCAUUUUAGCCAAACCAGAGCGUAACGUGCGCAGUGCCUUUACCACGAGCACAGUGGUGCGCAUGCACGUGGGUGAUGGCAAAUCCUCCUCAGCUGCCAGCCGCUCCUCUAGUCUGGUUAACCUGUGGAAACGCAGAGGCUCAACUGGAGAGACACUCAGCUCCAACGGCAAAUCAGUAUCUUGGGCGCAGACGGAGCGCAGCAGUUCACGUGGCAACCACCUGUGGCAGCGGCUGUCCUUCCACAUCAAGAGGAAGGAGAACAAUCAGACUGCCGUCAUCAAGCCCUUCUCUAAAACCUCUGAGGAACGGUACUGUGGAGGGGGACACCUUCCGCCGCAUGUUCCCCUGCCGUCCCUGCCGUCCAUGUCCUCCCUGCCCACCCAUCCGGGCCAUGACGUCGGCCCGGCCAAGACCCUGUACGAGCUCUCUGAGCUAGAGGAGCGCUACUCGAUCACAUACCAGCCACAGACACCUUCGCCAAUCAGCACAGUCAGCCAGAGACUGGGGGCAGGUUUAGGGGAGGAGCCUCAGAUGACUGGUAUUCCAAAGUACCCGAGCAGCAUCUGCAGCGGCGGCAGCGGCAGCAGUUGUGGUCCUGCCAGCAGCGGCUCAGUCGCUGGGAGUGACGGUCGUCUGGUCGUGGUGGAUGAUCACCCAGGGGUGGCCCAGAGUUCACUGAUGGAUCAGAUCAGCUGCGUGGUAAACCGCUUCACCGCCAACAUCACGGAGCUCAACAGCAUGAUGCUCUUGCCCUCGCCGACUCACUCGCACACAAACAAACACACACCUCCCUCUCCUCACCCCGCCGACCCAUAUCUUUUGCCCCGUGAACUCCCGAUGCCCCCGACCCUCACCACCUAUGCUGAUGUCCAGCCCCUCCCCCCUGUUGAGUCCAGUUUUGGGGGGCGGGGUGGCUGCCUCGCCCACCCUAUGCCUCAUUCACCGUACCCACUGCCGCCUCCUCACCCCCAGACCUCCCCCUCACUCUCACCCAUGCGAGGGGGCCUGGUCAGCUGCCUGUCCGACUCCCCUCUGAGGAGGGCGGAGCUGGAAGAGGAGCUUAUUGCUUUGACUCCUCCGUCGCCCUUCCGCGACUCUCUGGCAUCCGGCAGUGGCUCCCCUGUCUCAGAGAGAGAUCUGUGUCUCCCCCCAGUCCCCUCCCAUCCUCCCCCAUCUCCACCUUCGCCCAGGUUUAGCAGACUCACACUCAGAAACUACAGCCAGAGUUCCUCCUCACUGUGAGACGGCAAGUUCAGAAAAUGCCUAGGUGAAGAGGAGCACCCGAAAAGAGACUGAGAUCCAUGAGUUCCUACAUGGGGUGAAGACCUGAAGUAAAGGAGUCACGGUGGGCUGACUGGCGAAUGCACCAAGCUGUGUUUGUGUUUACAUGUUCGCAGUGAGAUGCAAGUAUAAGAAGCUUUCCCACGUCCUGUUUUCUCAGCGCUGUCUCUCACAAGUCGGGCGUAAAGAGCUGCAGAACUAGCCGGUAUGACUUUGCAGUCGAUUUGCGUCUGUAAAGCCACAAAUCUUUCUCAAAGGUCUAGAGCUACGGAUCAUUUAGGUUUGGGUAGUGGCCUUAAGGUAACAUGGCUAUACACUAAUUAGAGACUGUGAAAUGUGUGUGCACGUGUAUUUGUGUGCGUGCGUGUACAUCAGUGUGUUUUUGCUAUAUCUUAGUUAAGAGAGCGGUUUUAAGGGGUUGUUAAGGGAGGUGAAGGCAACAUUACAGCUUUGAUGAGGUAAGUCUCCUCAAGCGUGUACGGACUCAAUAGAGGUUAUCAAGGGCACAUGUAUAUCUGCUCACACACACACACACACUAUAAGGGAAAAAUGUGUAAAUAUAUGAGAGGUUAUGGAUUUUUCUCCGAUGAUAAAAUCCAACAUGCUUCUGACAAAAGUGCAUUGCGUUAACAUACCAGUCUGUAUGUUACUCCGAAGAACUUUCUCACAAAAGCAUCUUUUGAUUCAUUCAGCUCCCCGGUCUGUGUCCCCCUCCACAUAGCUUUCUUUUCCACUGUCCCUCUUUCUCUUGCUGCUUUCUUUUUCCUUGCCAGUAUUUCAGUAUUUUCUACUCUUCCAGUGCGUUUCCUUCAAAAGUUUGAAUGUAUAUAUUUUCUACAUGAUUCCUGAAGCCGUCGGGACCAAACCUUUUGUACCUCUCUAUAUCUGUGACUUGAGAAAGAGGGAGGGGAGGGAUUGACGAGACCUGGCCUUGUUUCACUAUGAACGGCCGAGUCAUGAAGUCUUUGUAAAGGUGCAUUAGUGGAAGAAAUCUGACCUCAAAGCUUACUGUUGGUGUGUGACAUUUGACAGAGAUUAUGUAAGGCUUAGCUGGAUCCCAGUCCUGACAUUUUCUCCUGUUUGUCAGCAGGUUUCAUGAAAGAAGGGUUGUUUGAAUGGGAUUAAUUGGAAUCACAAUCAUCUCUCAUGUUAGAUUGAUAGUAUAACGCUGGGAGAGAACCGCCUCUGCCCCGACUAGGGUCAUCUGUCGCAUAGGUGAUAUGAGUGGACAUAUAAAAUUACCCACGUUGCGUUGGCUUAAAUGAAUAAUUCCACAUUCGAAAUUUCCUCGCUGAGACCUAGAUGAGAAGAUGGAUACCACUCUUAAAAUCUUUCAUGUGAGAAUUCAGCAGGAACCUUUCGCGAAGAGGCUUGGCAUGUUGAUGACUGUAAAGAAAAAAUAUUAUUGUCAUGUCCUGCCUCCUGCAUUCUCUGCCAAGAUGUCACAGAAUGAUCCAGAAAUGUCCCUUGUGGUGUAACUCGGACAAACCCCUGCUGCGUUUGUCACGUGUUGCAAAGGCAAAAUCUUUCUGGAUCAAAUCUGGAGUUCAUGUGUGAAAACAGCUUUAGUGAACUCUGCCAGGCAGAUUUGACAGAGCCGGGCUCGUAACUUUAACCUCCAGCAUCAAUGCCAAUCUAGCUGGCUGCUGGCUGUAGCUUCAUUUUGAAUGGAUAGAGUGUUCUCUAUCUUCAUGUCACGCUCAGCAAGGAAGCCAAAUCAGCAAAUUGCCAAAAUACCGAUCUAUUGCUUAUCCUAAUCUGAUAUUACAUUGAUUUGGGAAAAAAAAUGUUUGGAAGUGAAUGUAAUCGGGGUGGUAACUUUUCUCUCAAAGAUAUUUGGCAAAGCCUUUUGGGAUACAAAUGCUUUAUAAAGGAAACACAGUUUGGUUUAUAUGAAGAGAAUUGCUAGUCUAGUAUUAGAUUAAAAAAUCUAUUUCAGGCCAAAAUACAACCUGAUAUUCCAGUAAGACUGUGCAGAUGUAUGAACAGAACUGAACUUGCAAACUGUGCAAAACCUAAAAUUUGACUAUGUAGGUAAAAGCAUAUGCCUUGAAAUGGAAUAUUGUGCAUAGAUGUGCCAACACUAACAGCAUUUGAAAGUACUCUGAGCAGUGCUGGGAUAUGAAAUGUGCCGAUGAAUGCAUUCACUAAGAUGCUUUUGAGAAAUGGGACCUUGGCCUUGUGUCACAGUGGCAAACACUCAGUACAGAAAAACAACAACACAUGAAAUCUAAAGUCGGAAGGUUGUGAUACACAAAACAAACUUUGUAGACAUUUUAUAUGAGGAAUAUUACCUGCAGCAAAAACAUGGAUAGGUGUAUCGAACUUAAUCAAGGAUAAUUUGACUGUUGGUAUCACGACAGAAUGUUGCUUGUGUUUUAUUGAUCUCCAUGGUCUGAAUUCAUUUUUUCCUCUCUUUUUUUUGAGUAUAGUAUUUCUGCUCUACAGUAGCCAGCAAGAACAAACUCAGAGAAAGUGAUUCUGUAAAUAAUAAGGGCAUGCAAAGACAGUUCUGUUUGAUUUCAGAUGAAAGUACAUUAAUUUAUAGGUGAGAAAAUAAAAAAGAUGUUUUUGAACUAUGUUAUAACAUACAGUACCAAUAUGUGUUACGACUACAGAAACUGUGUAACUACUCUGAAUGUGUGAGUGACCAUUCCUAUUCAAAUGUCUUGUAAUUCAACAAUAUAAUAAUGAUUAAUAUGAUUAUUGUGCCAAAGGGGUUAGAGAGGAUCUAGUUUACUAGCUUGUGGGUAAAUACAUUGUUUGAUAAAAAAAAAUGUAACUGUAAAACUGUUUCUAUUGUUUUGGAUAUUUUCUAUAUAAUUAUUCCACAUUUUCCUGUGUAAAAGCAAUAUUGUCCAUAUACGUAUAUAAGGUGCACAUCUGAGGGGUUUCUUGAAUCACAAACAAUGUUUUAGAUUGUUAUGCUUUUUCAUCCCUCUGAAAAAGAAUAACACGGGUGGGCAACAGAAAAGGACAAUGUGGACAGAUCAGAACAUUUUCUCUUUGCAUUUUUCUAAAUAUAUAUUCAAUGAAAAGGAGAUAGUUAUUGUUUUCUAGCUGCCACAAAGGUGGGAUUCCUUAUUUUUCCAAUCUUCUUAUUUCGGGCCCGUAGUUCCACUUUUGUUCCAGCUUUUAUUCCCGAUUCAGUCUCCGAUCUAAAUGGUCUAAUCUGAAAGCAGAGGUGCAGUGUGCGAUAGUAGACGAGAUGAUUUGUGCUUGCCAUGAAUAGACAGGUAGACACUGCGAAUGUUGUAUUGUUGGUCUCUGCAGCAUAAAGCAAGAAUGUGAACUUCUUCUUUGGUCCCAAAUGUAAAAAAAAGAAAAAUAGUGUAUACGCACAAUCAACGUCUUCGGUAAUAGUAUAGGGAAUUUUUUUUAUGAUAGAUUGAGAAUCUACAAGCGAAAAGGCAUGAAACGAGAAAGGUUGGUCAUAAGUUUGAAGUGUUUUCUGUGCAUCAAUACCUCUACAUCCACUUAUCUAAUUGUGCUCAUCUGGGCGCUGACUAAUUGUCAAGAAACUAACCAGUGCCAUUGUUGAAAUGUUGGUGAGGAGGAGCCGGUUUAUGUGCUGCUGUCACUGGUAGUGUUUACAACGUGCUGGGAGCUUGCUUCAGCACUUCAGCUGUUUGUUAUCAGCCCCCCCCCCCCCCCCCCCCCCCCCUUGGGCGAGGCUCUCGACAGUUGUGUGCUGCCUCUGCAGAAAAACACAGGAUCAGCGCUGAACAUCUCCUGCUCGCUAUCCUAUUCUCUUGAAGGGCUCAGUUCUGUGACAUCUUCUCACAUAGAAAUCACACGUCAAAGAGAACAAACGACAGAGACAUUAAAAGGACAUGGCCAGGACAGGUUAUAAGAGGGUAGCAUGGUUAUUAUUAUUAUUAACUGAAGGACAAUUAGCACAAAUGCAAAUGAUCAUAUCAGAGAAACGUGUAUAUUUAGCAUUAAAACUAAUGCAGGUAUUGACUAAUUAAAUCACUGAACCUCAGUGUGAUGAAAAUGAAUCUGUAGUAGUAUUUUAAAGAAAAAACAACAUCUUGAUUUUGAACCCAGUCUCUUUAGUUUUGGGGUUUUUUUGUACAUCAGGUGAACCUGGGAUUUUCUCAUCAUUUCCCUGAAAUGAAGUAGUAAUGCAAAAGGGACAUUUUGCUGAAAAACUGGGAGACAUCUGCAUUAAUAACAUCAGCCCACAUUUUAGCCCUACCUCAAGGAUCACAAAAAGAUACCACUCAUAGUAAUCUGGGGUGAGCUCUGAUUUCCCUUCAUAUUCCAGCCAAAACAUGACGAUUAUGAUGAUGAUGAUUGUUAUUUUUAAUGAUGAUGAGCAAAAUCUUAUGCUCACCGGGAAGAAGAUCUCCAGAUGAUGUUGACCCAAAGCGCUGUUGGCUCCCUUUAUUUUUGUAAAUGCACUCUAAAGAAUUGGAUUGAUAAUCCCUGCGCUCAAAAAAAUGCUUUUAAUCCAGCAUGUUUAUCUGAUGAUCGGAAGAAAACCACCCAAGGUCAUUUAUUUUUGAAUGAAAAUAGGAAUAGUUUCAGCUUUAACCAGUCUUUAAUCAGUCUUUAACCUGACUUGUCUAUAGAGGCAGAAAAUCAACAGAGUAUAAGAUCACAAACAUCAUUAAUUUAGGUUAUUGUCAGUUUUGCACUCGGAGCAGCAUCUGCCACUGUCCUGCCUGAUUUGAUACAGAACACAAAACGACAGCAUGUUUGCUCUGACAUUCUGUCACAUAUUCAUUACAAAUAAUGUGUCAUGGUGAACUCACCCCUUUGUGAGUGUUAUUUGGUCGAUAUAACAGUUUCUUACCUUUUAACAGUGUUAUUGGAAUAAGUGAAUCACAAGAGGUGUUGAGUAUUUGUGAGGCUAAAAUAAACUAGCCCGUCUUCCCUCUUCCUGCCGAGCAUUGAGUCACUUCACAUUCGUGUUAAUUCCAUUCUUUGUUUUGUCUUUUUCCUCCACACCAAUCGAAAGAAACCGAUGAGCAGUACCGAUGAAAUCCUAAUGAAACCCAACCCUAACAGGAAAUUUGAUUAAGUAUCAAUAUGAACUGGUAGUGAUGUCUUUGCGAAAAUAUCCAGCACUAUUAAAGACUUCAAAACUUUUUACUCUAAAACUACCUGACAGCUGGCAUUUUCAUGAUGCACUAAUGGCGUUUAGAUGUGUCCUGAGUAUUAAAUGGGGGCUUGGAUGAAUUCACUUUUGCUACACCUGGCUGAAUGAAACCCAAGGCCCCGGAGGAGCAUGACAACUAGAUGUCUCACGGAAAAAAAAAUGUCACCACUAUUUUUGCAAGUUUGUCCGAAGUUGCUGAUUUGAAUGUUGCUUUUUAUAACAAGAGUAAACCAGAUGUGUGUUUAAUAUGUAAUUGUUUGAUCAGCCAAUAAGAGUAAGAUCAAAUUUAGGUAGUCGGGUUAGGUCAUAUAUAGAGGAGGUGGUGUCGCAUUAUAAGAACUUAGAUUCUGUAUUAUAUUGAAUAUUAGUUAGAGGGGAGAUUGUGUACAUAUGUAUUUGACUUCAGGAUUUAUGAGACGGUGAAUUAACUUAUUAAGCAGGUUUUUGUAGGAUGUUAUUGUUUCACAUGCACAUCGGGCAAGUUGCAGAAUUUUCAGUGUUGUGCAAUGAUGGUUUGUGAAAUAUAAUUAGAUAAACAAGCUCAUCAUUUGUUUCUAUUGGUGAGCGAAUUAAACCACACUGACCUGUGAUAUAACACCAUAUGACACAGAGUUAUCCUGACCUGGCCUCAUGGAUAUCAGAGAAAACACCAUAAUCUUCACAUGAGGACCAUCCUGUUUGGAGAACAGCUGUGGACACAAACACAAAUAUGAUUAAUACCCCUGCUUUAAAUUCUGAUGAGAUUCUUUCAGUAAAGUGUUUGACAGUAGAGCGUUAGCAAUAUCAAUAAGGAGAUGAAUGUUGAUUAUAGAAGUGAUGUUUACAUUCUCACUGCUCACUUGAGAUGCUCAAGAUGGAUUCUGUAUUAGUGUCAUUUAACAAGCUGGUAAGCAAACGUUCAUGUUUUGUGUUUUUCUGCAACACUGAGGUGGACGAUCUGAGCCAAAAAUAACUAAUUGCACUUAUUCUCGACAAAGGCAGCUCAUCUGCAUAUAAAUGAAGUCCCUGUGUUGUGUUCCAAUCUCUCUACAACGCAGUAUUAUCAAAACUUUAAUUCAGUGCCGCUCGUCGGAGCGGCUACCUCGGGCUUCAUUUGGAGAAGAAGAAAAUGAUGAUUAGUUUCCAUAAACAUAAUCAAAAGGACGUGGAAUGAGUUGAAUUCCAUACAUAGAGUGUAGAAUGUAAUAUAUUUUUCAAUUCAGAAGUAUUUAUUAACUCAGAAGCAGAAAAUUACUAUUACUAAAUUUCAAAUUUAUUAUAAAUGUCUAUUUAAAAAUAUAACAACAAAGUCAGACUUAGACUGCAAUGCAUCCCGGCCUCCAGCUGUGUCUCAUCCAUCUGUUGUUAUCAUUAGCUCCUCCACUCAGUGCCAACUUUCUGUCAUCUUUUUUUUAUUUCAGGUACUGCUGCAGGUUUCUUAGUUAGGGUGGAUAAACACUGCACAAAGUUGAUUAAACUGGAGAAAUGACUAGAUGGUCAUUUUUAAUUCAUUUUAACAGUGCCAACAUCUUGAAAAUAUGAAAAAGAUGGCUUAGGUAUAUCAAAGGAAACCUUGUAGUGCUUAUCCACCCUCAGGAACAUUUGAUUGUGAAUUAUUUGUAAUGGAUAUGGAUUUUUAUUUUUUAUUUUUUAAAGCUUUGUUGUUUUGUUUUUCUGAUGUUCUGAACUGUAGAAUGUAAUCUGAUGCUAUAUAUCGGUGUGAUAAUGGAAGGUGGUUUAUAUUUUGGAUAUUUGAUUACAGUAUCUACGAGAUACUUUCACUCAGCUUUGUAAAGUGUGAAAUGUGAGAAUAUAUGGUUCUAGCUGUUUGAGAAAUGUAAAUGUUUGUAAGUGUCUCAUUCAGGCAGAUUUUAUGAUCAGAUACAAUCAGCUGCACAAAUAAUCCUCAAGCCAGCCUUGGGGAUUAGAAGCUGAAAGGUUUGGUGUAAAUUUAUUGCUUUCAAAUUGUGCUGGCAUCCAAAUUGCUCGUCGCUGAGACUAUGGGGACCUCGUUCACAGGCUUUUUGGAGGCUCCCAACAGACCUGGCAGUGAGAAUGAGAGCAGUUUCGGCCAAACAGAGUUCUUCUCAUCUACCAAUUAAUGAAUCUUCAUCUCCUCAUUCCAAAUUGGCCCCGGGUGAAGCCCACAAAGGCCCUUCUCUAGUCUCUUCUCUGGUCCGGGAGCUGUACACUGAAGAAAAUAAAUAUAUUAUUUUAAUAUAACUAGAAAAAUAUAACUUGAUUAUCUAGUUUGACUGAAAGAAUCAGCCUGCAAAUGGAAAAUGAUAAAAGUUUGAUUCAAAACAACUAUGCUUAAUAUUUCGUAUCUUUGUCUAUCGUUGUCACGUGCCUCCUUUUUGGAAAUACUAUGCUUCUCAGAUUCUUUUGUUACUCCAUCUUAGUCUUGCUUUUCCUCAUAAGUGGCAAGAUCUGAGGGACAAAGAUGAGAUGCGUGGCAGGAAGUGAAGAUGUACUGUAUUAAUGGGAUCUGCGAGGAACCGCAAGCCUUUGCAAAAAGGAAGCACUAGAAGUAAGAGGUAGUUAUCGGUUGCCACACAACCACAUACAAGAAAAGUUGCUCUGAGAUUUCGUAAGUGUGUUGGGUGAGGGAACACAUGAGUUAAAUCUUUUGGUGGAGCGCGGUGCUGCCACUGCACUUUGGCAUCAUCAGGUGGAUUUCUAAAUGUCACCACCAAGAGAGAGCUGGAGAAGCUGACUGAAAGUGGGGAAAAAGAAAAGUCACAGGGCAUUCAUUAUCUCUAACUUCCAGCUCUUCACCAUGACAUGCUUCUCUUCAUGUUUUUUUUCUUACUGGGAUGUAACUUGAUGUUUCUGGGAGCCUCCGUGGGUGGGACCACCCUACAGCAGGGCUGUGGAGCCAGAGAGCAGAUGGGAUAUGGUGCAGAGUAGGGAAAAAAAGCUAUCAAACAAAAAAGAGUUUUGCUUUUUAUUAUUUGUUUUGCCAUUGAUAAAUCAUUGUGGUAGUGUACUACAAAGUACCUUU